UACCUUUUGAACCCUGUAUCACCGAUGAUGAAGUCGCCAUCUCACAAGCUUGUGAAAUUUUCAAUUAUCUAUUGCCAGUUUCAGAAAAGAAAUGAGCUGAAUGAGCUUGUGACUAGUCUUCAGCUUCAUCUACAUCGGUGCAGUGGAACUGUACGGUGGACUGUACUGUUUCCAGAACUUCAGAAGAAGAAGAACUUGUAUCUGUACUUGCAUGCUGUGUGCAAUUUGUUAGCUGGAGAAGUCACGUGAUUUAUCACCUGAUCUGGGAUCCUAACGAACUCCGAUCCGACGACGCGCCCGCAUGCCUUGCGCCUUGGCUGUACUAUAUACUGCGCCUUUACUGCGGACCGACUGCACUGAGAAGCAACAACAUGGCGGGUGGAUCUGAAGACGUUUCUGCGUAUGUCGAGCAAUUUCGGCUGAUCAAUGAGCCCACAAACCAUUGGGAUGCCAGGAAAAAGUUCUUGUUGAAUAACUGGGAUGAUUACCCUGAAAUGCAGUUAGUUUCAUUGUCUAUGGUGUGGGCUAAUAUGCAGUUUGAUGGCUGCAAAUACUCCCCUGAACUCAUGGACAGGGUGCGGGACAUGGCGGCAGGCAUCUCUGAUCGACCUACAACCGCAUCUAGGAGGUCAUCGUCCAACGUAAGACCUCAAGGGCCUUCACUCUUAAUAGGAUCAUCAUGUCCAAUGCAAGAUCCAAAUGAGAAACACUCGCCCAACAGUGCUGCGAGCCAACAUCCUUUUUCACUAUCUGGUAAUGAAGGUGGUAGUAGCACUUCUGAGACAGGAUUACAGAAGCUUGCAAAAGGCAAGGAUAUCAGCGGAAAUGAUAUCACCAUCAGCAAAGACACACCUCUCAUUCCAAUCUGUCCAAGUGGUGAUCAACAAUUCCACCAGUUGAUUAGAAUAUGUAACAGACUUAAAGAGAUAGAUUUAAAAGGUAGAACAGAUAAGCAGGUUAGAGCAGCGCUCUUAAAUUUCCUUUGUAAACCAGAGCAUAAUAGCAGAUAUGAAUUUUGUCAAGUUGUUGGAAAACAGAAAGAGAAGGGAUGGAGGGCCUUUUUCAUUUUAGGUGAGGUACUUUGUUCGACUGGUGUUGAUAGUUCAAAGAAAGCAGGCAAGGAAAAGGCAUUGACAUUGUUUGAAACAUUAGUGAAAUAUCACCAAUUUAUAGCACUUCAAAAAAGUUGCAGGAAGGAAGCUAAUGAGCAUGGAAUUGUGUAUGAAUUGGUUUUUAUGGAUGAACGGCCAUUACAAAUGUGUACAACAAGCAUAGCCCAAGAUCUCAAUCAAGAACAGAGUGUGGAUUCAACUUCUUCUACCGUUGAAGAUAUUGAGAAAGACGAUCGGAAGGUCAUAUCUGUAGAAUCCAUCCUAGAAUCUCUGCCACAUCAAUUUGCAAACCAUAGUCUGAAUUCCUUCAUCAACCCAGCUCCCAAGAUACCUGGUUUUGUCUUGUACGAGUCAAGAGAAGAUGAAGACAAGCAUGGUGAUCAUACUAGUAAUCCUGUUUGUAAAGUUGUCAACUCAUGCUCUAUGUGUAAAGUACCUUGUGAGUUUAUGUCAAGAAGGUGUGAGAUUAGUCGAGGCAUUGAGGGAAUUGUUUGUACAGUGUUCAUCUGUCAUGAGAAUAUUGCCACAGGCCUUGCCUUUGCGGUACGGCAUGCUAAGCAUCUUGCUGCUCACAAUGCUAUCAAGGCUCUGAAGAUGACCAACCCUGUCCUGGUGAAGACAUCUACAGGAGAUGGUACAUCCAUUGAGAGGGACGAGUUAGCAGGAGGGGGUGGUGCAUCUGCAUCCAAAGGAGAAAAGCUUCCAGAAACCAAUGUUGGUCACAAGCUCUUGAAGAUGAUGGGUUGGAAGGGGGACGGCGCUGGUUUGGGGAAAAGAGAAGAUGGGAGGGCAAAUCCUGUUGAAGCUACUGGUUCUGGCUCGAGAUCCAAGAAAGGGCUGGGUUGUGACACAGACUCCUUGCGAAACCCACAGACAAACAACCUGGAUGACCGCAAGGUUUUCAGAUUCCUGCAAGAUUUUGCCCAUUCAGAGCGGGAAGAUGAACUGGUCUUUAGCUCUGAGCUAAGUAAAGAUGACAGAAAAAAGUUACAUAGCAUAGCUUUAAAGCUUGGAUUAAAGAGCAAGUCAAGGGGUAAGAAUGAAUCAAGAUAUCUGAUCAUAGGUAGAAAGUGGAAUGUUGGUAACUUGGUGCAAGCGGUUGAAGAGAAAGGUGGUAGUAUGGGUGGCUAUCAGUUACAUGGUCCACCAAUGUAAGCUUUAGUAGAGGAUUUGCUGUUCCAAAUUAAUAGUCUUGUAAUUUUCAGUCCAUGUAAACACGUAUGUAAUGUUUCAAGAUAUUUAUAGUUAUGCCUUUUAAUUCUGUAAAGUAAACAACAAUCACAAGAUUCUUUAUUGAUUGUUAGGUGGGUCUAUUUCAGAAAUGUCUGUACUGGUACUUUGAUUAAAUUGGUGGGUUAACAGAAAUCAAUAAACUGCUUUUACUUUUAACAUUGUUUGAUUUAUAACUCUAAAGGAUUUACCAACAUUUCUAUUUUGGACUAUCCAAUGCUUUUGGUUCUGAGUUUCAAACCAAAGAAUUUCUUAAUAUUAACUUGAUUUUUUUUCAUCAAAUAGUCUGAUACAAAUGUAUGUUAUUUUCAUGAAGUAGGAAAUGGGGACGGGGUCAUUUUUUGUUUAGCCAGGGUUGAAACCAUCUUAUUACACUACCUGUAACUUCAGUGUAGAUAGAUGUACAAUAAAUCGGUGAAACAAAAAUAUGAAAAUAUGUACAUGUACAUGCACAUUAAUGAACAUUUCUACUUGCUUAGUUGCUAUUGUUAUUUAUUCAAAUGAUCCAUGUGGCCUAAUCUUUACUUGUAAUUGAAUCCAAGUCAAUAUGUGUUUGCUAUUACUUUCAAAUGUAUUUUCAAGAAUCAAAAUUAUGUAAGGAAUUUAGAAUUAGGUCAGUAUCAGCAUUGGAUUUUUUCUCAUGAAAUAAUCAUUUUGUGAUAGCACAGUGUCUUAAAAGUUCCAUGUGUAUUGUUGAAUAAAUUUGUAGUUUAAUAAUGUUGACAUUUUCCGCAUUUUGUUCUGAUGAAUCCUAUGUAUGAAAUAAAAGCUCUUCUAAGGUUUACCGCAAUUGCAGUUUAGGACCCGGUUUAAAAAAAACAAAACAAUUAUGUUAACUUUCCGCAGUUCGCAAAGAAUUUUGCUUUUAUGGUAACUGCCAUGGUAACGGGGCAAAACAGACAGUCACAAUCAGAGUUCCCAUUGUAGUGAAUUACCAUAACAGCACAAUUCUUCAUGAACUAGGCCUUGAUUUGUUGCUAGUUAUUUCGUUCUUUCUUUAAAAAAUAACAUUUUUAGUUUGCUGUAUUCAGUCUUUACAUUUGUAUCUUUCUUUUGGAAUGUGUACAGUAUGUUAUGUUUUUUGCAUAAAAUGUUGCAAAUUGAA